AUGGAGAGAGACGCGCAGCCUCGUUUCCGGUCCCGUCAGUUCAUGCCGGUGCCUAUCGGCAAUCCUGGGGACCUGCUGUACACAUGCAUUCUCAAGAACGCGUGGGGUGUGGAGGUGUCUCCCCUGCACGACGUGCCGCUCUUCUCCUCCUCCGCCAGUUUCCACUUCGUCUGCCUCUGUCCACGUGGUUCAACCUACGACAUGGCCAUUUCGUUAACCGAGCGUCUCAGCCCGUUAAAGUCUCGCCUCGUUAACAGAAACCUCUCGCGCCUGACAGAGCCAUCCCCGUGGCACUUCGGCCUGCUGCCGCAGACCCUAGCGAACGAGGAAUUUCCAUCGGAAGUCGCCGGCUUGUCGAACGACAACCAGCCGCUCGAUGCCAUCGAAUUAGGGUUCGGCGUGCGACAGGUGGGCGACGUGUACGAGGUGCGGCCCAUCGGCGCGUUUGGGCUUGUCGACCCGGUAACCAGUGCGCUUUCGUGGAAGGUGCUGGUGGUGGCGUGGGACGACCCACUGUUCGGGCGCGCGACGAGCCUGGACGACGUCGAGUCGCUGUUCCCAGGGGUCACGGAUCGCUUGCGCGCAUGGCUCGCGCGCUACCGCACGAGGCCGGGACGAGCCCCCAAGGCGCAGGCGGUGUUUGCGCAGGGCGGGCGGCCGGCGUCCCCCGACACGGUGAUGCGCGUGGUGGCGGAGGCGAACGCGUGCUGGCAGCUGUUUAAGGCCACGCGCUGGCCUGACGCGCCCUCCCCCCCCGCUGCUGCCGCUGCGCCCACCUACGACCAACAGCAGCCGCAGCAGCAGCAGUGGGAAGGGGAGGUGCGGGUGGGCGCAGGCGGAGGGGCGAGUCGCAGGCGGCGCAGCAGCCGCGGCAGCAGCGUGAGUAGUGGCGCUGGGAGCGCGGGGGGGGACAGCGGAAGCGUGGUGGAGUGGGGUGGGGGAGCGCAGGUGCUGCGGAUAGAGGGGGCGAUGGAGGGCGAGAGAGAGGCGUUCGCGGGAGCGGAGCGGGGCGGGGGACUGGACGGGUGGAGGGGCAGUGGGGGUGGCAUGGCGCAAGCACGGCCAGCUGCUUAUGCUGAUGCCGAUGUUCCUCACGGCGUUGACUCGCACGGCUUGCUUGACCGUCAGUAUGAGCGGCUGAUGCAACCUGAUUUGUCGGACGCUGCACGCGCUGACAGCUUCGCGUUCCAUGACGUCAGCUGUGGCUCCCCCCCUGAGUUUUCUUAUGACGAAAGCUCGCCUCGGCUGCUGCAGUCCAGGAGCGAACCGGGGCCUGCUUAUAUCGGGGACGAACAUGAUCAUGAGCACGAGGAUGACGAUGAGCAUGAGCAUAGGCACCGCCCGUUUGAAGAACACCACCAUCCGUAUGAGGAGUAUUCGUUUAGCGAGCACUCGUUAGUGGAUCACUCGUUAGACAGCUCGUUAGACGGAGGAGCCGUGCAGCAGCGCGCACCCGCAGGCGGCAUGGGGUGGGACAGCCCGGACAGAACCGCCGCCUGGGGCGCGCAUGACGCCCGCGCGCACGCCGCGGAAGGGAGGGGGAUUUGGGAUGGGGUGAGCGGGGGUAGGGAUGUGCGGGGCGGAGUGGAACGGGGAGGGGCAGGGGAUUGGGGCGGGGUGCAUGGUGGGGGGCGAUUGGAGGGCGAGGCGGGGGGGGGCGCGAGAGAGCUGAGCUUCGCAAGGGACUUGGCUCAUGGGGAAGAUGGCCGGGGAGGGGGUGAGUGGCGCGGGGCGGAGGGGUUCUUUCAUGGGGAGCGCGCGGAAGCGGGUGGAGCGGCGGAGGCGGAGCGGGAUGGGGGGACGUUUGGGAGGGAUUCAGGUGGAUUUGGGGUGGUAGAGGGUCCGCGUGGCGAGUUCCAAAUGGCGUGGGGUGCGGGGGACACGGGGGACGCGGGAGACGCGGGGGACGCGGAGGACGAUAGGGCCGCAGGGACCGUGGGGAGCGUGUAUCACUCUGAUGGGUACGCGCGCGGUUACACCACCUCCGACGCUGAUACUAGCGCGUGGGAGGGGCGCGAGGGGGAUGACGGGGACGAGGAGGAGGAGGAUGAAGAAGAGGAGGAGGAGGCGGGUGAGGAGGGAGGUGAGGCGGGAGCGGAGGAAGAGGGGGAGGAUGGGAUGUCUGUAAUGGAGAGGAGCGUUGAUGGGGACGCGGAGAGGGGAGAGAGUGGCGCGGAGGAGAGUGCGGAGGGAAGUGAGGGGAGGGAGGAGGAGAGUGAGGAGGGGAGUGACGAAAGCGAGGAAGGAAGAGAGGAGGGGGAGGAGAGCAAUGGGGAUAAGGGGUACAGAGAGGAGCAUGUGCAGGAGGGCGUAUGGAUGGGCCGCGCGCGAGAUGGGAGCGUGGAUGAGCCUGGCAUGGGCGGCGGCAUGGGUUGGCAGUUUGGCAGGGGUGCUGGUGGUGUGGAGCAGCAACAACAGUACUGGCAACAGCAACAACAGCAGCAGCAGCAGCAACAGCAGCAGCAGCAGCAGCAGCAGCAGCAGCAGCAGCAGCAGCAGCAGCAGCAGCAGCAGCAGCAGCAGCAGCAGCAGCAGCAGCAGCAGCAGCAGCAGCAGCAGCAGCAGCAGCAGCAGCUGCAGCAACAGCAACAGCAACUGCAGCAGCAACAGCAACAGCAACAGCAGCAGCAACUGCAGCGUCAGCUGCAGCAGCAGCUACAGCAGCAGCAACAACAGCAGCAGCAGCAGCAGCAGCAGCAGCAGCAGCAGCAGCAGCAGAUGCCUGCAUCCCUGUCAUUGCUCCGCUCUCUCUCCCUCACCAACAGCCGCCCCCCCCUCAACCACCCCCCCCAUGCGCCCUGCUCCUCCGUCUCCUCCAGCCCCGCGCACACCCCCCGCGCCCACCACCCCCUCGCUGCCAGCGCCGCCAGCAGCCCCACUGCCGCGCACCCCCCGCUCCUAUCCGCGCUGCACCCGCCGCUCAGCCACGCGCCCGCCCACCCCUCUGACCGCCGCCGCUCCUUCCCCCUGCACGCGCACCGCCACUCGCUCUCCCACAUGCACCACAUGCGCCUGCCGCCACACCAGCGCCAGCAGGCGCAGCAGAGGGCGCAGGCGGGGGUGGGCGCGGAGCGGCAGAUGCACAGGCAGGGCGCACUAGAUGACGGCGCAAUGGCGGGCAGGGAUGGGCGGAUGGAGCAGAGCGGCCAAGCAGGGGCGGAGGGCGGCGGGGCGGGCGCAGGGGGCGCAGGGGACACAGGGGGCGGAAGGGUGUUCCGCAAGGCCAAUUCCAGCUCCCCCCGCACGCUCAACCGCCCCUCCUCCGCCUCCAGCAGCCCGGGCAACGCGCCUGCGCGCCUUCCGGGGCAGGGGGGCGCGGCGCUGGAGCGCCCGCUGGCGCCUCUGAGGAGAGACGCGGCGGCGCUCAUCCCGGGGCUGCUGAGGGCGCGCGGGAACGCGCAGGGGCGCAUCAUGCGCUCCCAGUCGCUCUGCCAGGGCGCGUUUGGGGACGUGCUGGGCGCCCAGAGCAGCGGAUCGCCAGGGGACCCCUCUCAUGCUGCUGCGCUUGCUGGUGCUGGUGGUGUGGUGGUGGGGAUGGCAAUGGGGGGAGCAGCAGAGGGCAGCAGCCGGGGCAUGGGCAUGAUGGGGACGGGCGGUGGAGGGGGAAUCGUGGAGAUUGGGGGAGUGGCAAGCAGCAGAGCGGCAGCAGGCGGUAUGAGGCAGAUCAUUCAGUCGAAUCUACAGGCGCAGCCACAACCAUCCCCCUCCCUGCCUCAACGCGGCCUGGACCCCUCUCCGUCCAAGGUUACAAGCAGUGCGGUGCAGAUGGGUGGCAGGGGUGGCGGCAUGGGGGCAGAGGCAAUGACAGCAGGGCGGGGCGUGGGCAGAGGAAGGGGCAUGAGGGCGCGGAGCAUGUCAGGUGACUUUUCGCACAUGUCCGUGCUUGCACUCCUGGGCACACACGCACAGGCACACGCACAGGCACAGGCACAGGCACAGGCACAGGCACAGGCAUCACGUGUGUCCCUGGAUGCACAGGCACAGGCAUCACGUGUGUCCCUGGAUGCACAGGCACAGGCAUCACGUGUGUCCCUGGAUGCACAGGCACAGGCACAGCGCGCACAUGUGCCCCUAGACGCACAGGCGCAGGCACAGCCCGCCCUCGUGCCGUCGUCCCAGCGUGCACAGAGCCCAGCCCUGUGGGAACGGGCAUGGGAGCAGGUGGGGGAGGGGUGGAGGGGCGGGGAGGGGCUGGGCGGGAGGGUGAGGCUGGAGGGGCGCCCAGUGCGCCGGCAGAGGGUGUCAGGUCAGGCGGAGGGUCGGGGCGGUUGGGUGCGGUACCAGGCGGUGGUGGCAGGGGGCGGGGCCGUGCAGGUGGGAGGCGGCACAUGCGGUUUGCGAGUGUGGACCUGA